AUGGAGAGUGCAACACAUCGUUGGGAGAAGAUAGUGGGGCAAUGGAUGAGUAAUAAAACUUUUAUGUUUGAGGAGGAUGAGCGUAAGUUGUCUGACGCUAUAAAGGAUUCGUGGGACAUUAAGGAUUUGGUAAAUUUAUUAUUGAAACAAGAAUUGAUACCGGAUUUUGUGUGUGAUAACGUGUGUCUGUACAAUGUUUUAAUGUUGCAAAUGGAAAGAUUGAUGAUUGGUAAUCUGACAGUUCCAAUGGCUGUUCAAGGUAUUAAUUUUACUUACACUUUGAAUUGUAAAGAGAUGAAAAUGCACGUUGUGUGUCGUGAUUUGCAAAAGGCUAAAGAUGAAUUGGAAAAGCUUACGGGUGUGAAUCUUGAUCAUUAUUAUCGUUUGAAAAUGGCAAAGAAAAAGCGUAAGAUAAAUGUCGAAGCUGGAAAUGUUAAAAAAAAGAAAACUGUUGCUAUGGUGCCCGACGUUAAAGGUGACAAAGGUGAUGGCGUGAAAGAUAAUACUAAGAAUUUGUUCAGGUCAUGUGACGUUGAUAUGACGGAUGAUACCAAAAGACAGGGGUUUUUUUAA